UUUGAGUUACCUAUUCUGGCAAAACUACGGAUCUCUGUUAAGGUGUCGUACGUUUGGAGGCUGAACCAUGUAUCUUCAUGUGAGGGUGAUUUUGAGCAGUGUUCUGUUUAUCCUUGUCUCAGGUGACCUGUUCAGGAACAAAGACUACUAUAACUACGACUACACCGACGAUGACAAUGAAGAUGAGACACUCAACGACGGGGAGACAGACAACACGACGACAGGUAACGCGACGUCACUUCCGGUCACGAUCAGCAACAACGCCACAUCAGCAGUCAACCUGACCUUUGUUCAGUCCAACAACACAGGCACGACUACUCCUAGUGACGACAGCAUCGAAACGUCAACAACGAAACAAGAUGUCAUAGAAGACAUAUUUGAACUUGUUGACUACGAAGAUGUCAAGGACGAGUACGGGACAACCACCACUGGGCGGGGUUUCUCUACUACAAGUCUUCUUGAAGAUGGGGAUAAGAUUGAGGUUGAGGAUGACAACGGGACAACAGGUGGAGUCAACAGAUCCACCUCCCUACAGUCGGCCACCACGCCAACUAUUACUGUGAACGAGAGCUCGUCGUUACCAGGGAAACGGAACGGCAGCUUCCCUGUGUACACCGGGAACAAGAACAAGGGCGAUAACAUCCACCACCGCCAGGGGGCAGGCCUUCCUGACUCGGACCAGUUGAAGAAAGAAGAACAGAUGAAUUACUACGCCGUGCUGCUUGGCUGCAGCGGGCUCCUUAUAGCAACACUUCUCUAUGUUAUCUACAAGAACAAGAGGGCGAUCGCCAUGCUGAUAGCGACAGGACGUCGGGAGUACCGCAGCGCGCCCAGGCCCAAGCGGACAGACGGGUACCAACGUCUGGGGCAGCAGGACAUCGCUUAGACGCUAUCCAAACCUAGAUUCAGUCUGCCAAAAUGGAGCCAAAAGAUUUAAUUAAGUCAAGUUCACACAGUUUGUAAGUUUAAUUUAAUAGCACAUCACCCUGACAUGUACGACGUUAAACAUUGUUGUUUACAAUCCUUAGGUAAUCCUUACAAUUCAAUGUAUAAUUGUCGUUAGACAGCUGUUAUUUGGUUAGAAAAGUUGAUCAACUGAUGAAACAUACAAAGAGGACCUUAUUUGCAUAGUCAGUCGUAAAGAGUAUAUCAUUUGCCGAAGGUAUGAGAUCGUGGAACUCUUGUUUGUUUUGGCAUAAAUCCAAAACGAUGCUUUUUGUCGAGUGU